CAAACACACUCCCUCCUCCCUCUGUUAAAACCACAACUGGCGUCUCUAAAACUAAAACUAAAACCCUAUCCCUAAACCUAAACCCCUUUGCUCCUUCCUACACACAGACGCCAUGAGCGAAGAUUCCAUGAACAUCGAUCAAACUUCGAAGAGCCCCGCCGAACCCCAAAUUUUACAAACCCUAAACACAGGCCCUUUAUCGGCCUCAUUAUCCAGUCUCUCUGGCUCGUCCCGCACGAUCCCUUCAAACAAAGAUUUUCAUUUUUACUACAACUUCGAUGACUUCAAGCUCCCUGUCCAACAAAUUGCUGCGAAAUCGCAAUCCCUGCUUGAAUCAAUUGGCUCUUCCAAUCGCAUUUUCAAAGAAAAACUUAAUUUUCCUGGAGAUGUUGAUAUUGAUGACGCUUACGAUUGGCUUGUUAACGUUAAUGAUGAGAUCUUGGAGCGUUUCGACGCGUCAAUCGAUGAAUUUCAGAGUAUCAGAAAGAAGGAAGAGGAAACUGGUAAGGUAUCGGGGAUGGAUACAGAUAGCGGAUUUCAGUUGGUGUAUGGGAAGAAAAAGAAGGGGUUAGUGAGCUUGAGGAGUGGCUCGGCGAGUGAUUCAGUGUGUGAUUCUGGAGUGAAGGUAGCUGAUAUGAAGGCAAAGGCAGUGAAAGCAAAGGUCCCUUUUCAUAUACCUACAAUAAAGAAGCCUCAAGAUGAGUAUAAUAUAUUGGUGAAUAAUUCGAACCAGCCAUUUGAGCAUGUUUGGCUGCAGAGACGUGAAGAUGGGUUGGGGUUCGUUCAUCCUCUGGAAAAGCUCUCUGUUUUGGAUUUUGUGGAUAGAAUUGCUGGGAACCUUGAUCCUACGUCACCACCCCCCUUGGAGUGUACCCCAUUCAAGCUCGUGGAAGAAGUCAAAGAUCUGAAGGAGCUGGCAGCUAAAUUGCGUGGUGUAAAUGAAUUUGCGGUUGAUCUGGAACAUAAUCAGUAUCGCUCUUUCCAAGGAUUGACAUGCUUGAUGCAAAUUUCUACCAGAACUGAGGAUUUUAUUAUUGAUACUUUAAAGCUUCGAAUACAUGUUGGUCCAUACCUGAGGGAAGUUUUCAAGGAUCCCACCAAGAAAAAGGUCAUGCAUGGAGCAGAUCGAGAUGUUGUAUGGCUUCAACGGGACUUUGGCAUAUACAUCUGCAAUCUGUUUGACACUGGACAGGCCUCAAGGGUGUUGAAGCUGGAUAGAAACAGUUUGGAGUAUCUUUUGCAUCACUUUUGUGGAAUUACUGCCAACAAAGAAUACCAGAAUGCAGAUUGGAGAUUACGUCCUCUACCUGAUGAGAUGCUUAGAUAUGCCAGAGAAGAUACCCACUAUCUGUUUUAUAUCUAUGAUGUGAUGAGAACCAUGUUGCUUUCAAUGCCUAAUGGCACUGAAAAUUCUGAUAGUCCUUUGGUGGAGGUCUACAAACGCAGUUAUGAUGUGUGCAUGCAGCUUUAUGAGAAGGAGCUUUUGACUGAAAGUUCAUAUCUUCACAUUUAUGGGUUGCAGAAUGCUGGUUUCAAUGCUCAGCAGCUUGCCAUUGUUGCGGGACUCUUUGAGUGGAGAGAUGUUGUUGCUCGUGCAGAGGAUGAGAGCACAGGCUAUAUAUUACCGAACAAAACUCUUCUUGAAAUUGCCAAACAGAUGCCUGUUACACCUCAAAAGUUGCGACGAGCAUUGAAAACAAAGCACCCAUAUGUUGAGCGGAACCUUGGUACCAUUGUUAACAUCAUUAGGCAUGCCAUGCAAAAUUCUGACGAGUUUCAAGCUGCUGCACAAGGUUUAAAGGAUGGACUUGCUCAAACAGCUUCACAGGAAAAUGUAGAACUUAAUGAUAAUGGCGAAGGAUUUGCCCCUGAUAGGCAUGCAAAUCUGGAAAAUGCUGGAACAGAGACUAUUUAUGAUGGCAUUAGGAAUGCUCUCCAAGCAACUUCUCCGCAGCUCAGAAAGGGGCAUUCAGAGACAAAGGUCUGCAGAGAUCGACAAGGAGGAUCUUGUAUGCAUCGUGGUGAAAAUGGUGUUGAAUCCAGUAGUGUUUCUGAGCUUCACAGAGAAAACUUCCCUGUAAUGCAGAAUAGAGAUACAGUUACUAGAGCAACUGUUGAGGUUUUAAAGAAGCCAACUGGUGCUUUUGGAGCAAUGCUGGGAAGUGCAGCGGCAAAGAGAAGGUUUGACAUUGACAAGAAGGACAAAGAAGAGAUCAAGCUGGAAAGUAUCAGAACUUCUGUGAGCCUUCCAUUUCAUUCAUUUACGGGCAGAAACGACCCAAAACCCGUAGAGGAGCCCACUCCAGUUUCAGAAAUUCAGCGUGAUGUAGAAUCUGUUGCUGUUCCACCCGCCAGUUCCAGUUUACAAGAAAUUAUAGUUUUGGAUGAUGAUUCAGAUUUGGAGGUACUAGAAAAUGAUGAAUCAAAAACUAAAGAUUCUCACGGAGAUGACAGAACAGACAAAGAACAUGCAUCUCUAUCUGAUCUUUCUACAAGCUUCCAGAAGUGCUUCCAGUCUAAUAAUCAAAGUAGAGCAAUUGAAAACGUCCAGAAAUCUCAAGAACCAACUGGCCUUGUGGGGCUGAAGCCAUUUGAUUAUGCUGCUGCGAUCAGAUUUGGCAAAGGUCCACAGAAAGAAUCAGCAGAAGUAGGUGAGAAAGAUAAGAGCUCAAAUGAUUCUGUCGGGAGGAAAAGAAAUUCUGUUGUUCGUGGAGUUGAGAAAGAUGGGACCAAAGAAUUUCCGCAAGGUAGAAGACGUCAGGCUUUUCCAGCCACUGGAAAUAGAAGUGCAACUUUCCGAUGAAUCUCUGGUAAUUUUUGGGAAAUAUGAGAGGGGCAAGGAGGGAUGGAAGAAAUAGUAAUCAAUGGAGCACAUGAUACCUGGGUAUUUGGGACCAUUUUUUCUUCAAUUGAUUUUAUUCAUUCUUCCUUUUUUUGUAGCAUUCUCUCUCUCUCUCUCACUGUUUUUUUAGUUGUAUUAAUUAUAAAAAUGAUCUUUUAAAGAUGAGGAAAAUUCUAAUGGCAACAAUAGUGAGUUUUUCUCUUUUUAUCUUCUUUGACAAUCUCCAA